AUGCCCAAGAAAGUCAAGCCCACCAUUGCCCCAGGAUCAUCGAAAUCGAUAACCGUUCGCCUGAAGUCGGCGCGCAACCCACCCCUUGAAUUUACCCUUCCUAGUGCGCCCCUGUCCACAACCUCCGUUAAUGACCUGAAAGAUGCCGUGCGGGAGCGGGUUGCCGAUGCGCAGGAUAAGGAAGUUGCUCUAGAUAAAAUCAAGAUCCUGUAUAAGCGGAAGCCUGUUACGGGGAAGUCCAUCGCAGAGAUCCUGUCGGAUGAACCGGCAAUGCUGGCUGGUGGGAAAGAGGUGGAGUUUGGUGUUAUGAUUAUGGGAGGUGCGAAGGUGGUCGAAACCGGGACGGAGACGGCCAAGGCUUCUUCUACUUCGAAGCGUGCACUUGGGCCCAGCGGGGAGGUUUUGCUGGAGACAGAUGCUUUCUGGGAUGAUUUGGAGGGGUACCUUCAACAAAGACUAAAGGACGUCGAGGAAGCUAAAAGGUUGAGGGCGUUGUUCAAAGGGGCGUGGGCUGCGAGUCGUUGA